UACGUUGAGAGAAGGGGGCGGGGCCUGCAACGUUGGACGGAACGAGGGGACGCAACGGAGGCAGGCCGGAGCCGCUGCCGUCGCCAUGACCCGCGGUAACCAGCGCGAGCUCGCCCGCCAGAAAAACAUGAAAAAGCAGAGCGACUCGGUUAAGGGAAAGCGCCGAGAUGAUGGGCUUUCUGCUGCUGCCCGCAAACAGAGUGCCCCGUCAUCUCUACCCCCAGGGACUCGGAGAUCAUGCAGCAGAAGCAGAAAAAGGCAAACGAGAAGAAGGAGGAACCCAAGUAGCUUUGUGGCUUCGUGUCCAACCCUCUUGCCCUCCGCCUGUGUGCCUGGAGCCAAUCCCACCACGCUCGCGUUUCCUCCUGUAGAGCUCACAGGUCCCAGCACCGAUGGCAGUCCCUUUGCCCUGAAUCUGCAGCGGGUCCCUUUUGUGCUUCCUUCCCCUCAGGUAGCCUCUCUCCCCCUGGGCCACUCCUGGGGGUGAGGGGGCUAUCCCUUCCCAGUGUUUUUUAUUCCUGUGGGGCACACCCCAAAGUAUUAAAAGUAGCUUUGUAAUUCCUUGA